GCGGGUUUUUCCGGGCUGCUGUGUUCUGAUUCUGUCCUUGAGAUGCUCAGUGGUGGCUUUUAGGAAGCUGGACGUUCUCCCCAGGAAAACGACUUCUCAAGAUUUCUGCUGUCUUCCUUCAGGCGUUUUGGGGCUUCAAAAAAAAGAAAAAGAAAACGUGUUUCUCCGUGACUGACGGCUGGGGCCUUCUGACGGCCUGAGGUCUUGGGCCAUUUGGUCACUCUCCGUCUCGGUUCCUCGGAGGGUGAAAGGAUCAGAGGGACCUCGUCCUGCUCAUCGAUCUCCACGCCUGUGGGUUUCUUGGCGUCAGGUCGGAGCUGGGUGGGCCCGGCCCCGGCCCCCCUCCUGGGUCAUCAUGGCCGUGUCCGCCCAGCUCUUGGUGGAGGAGUUGGAGAUCUUCGGCCUAGAAUGCGAGGAAGCUCUGGUUGAGAAGUUGAUAGAGCUGUGUGUUCUGUAUGGACAGAAUGAGGAGGGAAUGGCCAGCGAGCUUAUAGCCUUCUGCACCAGCACACAUAAAGACUGCCUCACCUCAGAGACCCUGAACUCUUUUGAGCACGAGUUUCUGAGCAAAAGAUUGUCCAAAGCCAGGCUCGGUGCCUCCAAGGACAGUGGGCAUGCGGGAGCCAGAGACAUUGUUUCCAUACAAGAGCUAAUUGAAGUGGAGGAGGAAGAGGAGAUCCUCUUGAACUCUUACACCACACCCUCUAAGGGUUCUCAGAAGCGAGCUAUCACCACUCCGGAAACCCCCCUCACAAAAAGGAGCGUGUCUACUCGAAGCCCCCAUCAGCUGCUGUCACCAUCAAGUUUCUCUCCAAGCGCUACUCCCUCUCAGAAAUACAGCUCGAGAAGUAACCGAGGAGAAGUGGUUACCUCCUUUGGCUCAGCACAGGUGAUAUCUUGGUCUGGGAGAGAAGGAGCCAGUAACAUCAGCCUGAAGGUCUUGGGGUAUCCAGAGCCACUCACCGGGAGCUACAAAUCCAUGUUUCAGAAGCUCCCAGACAUUCGAGAAGUUCUGACCUGUAAGAUAGAAGAACUUGGCAGUGAACUCAAGGAGCAUUACAAGAUUGAGGCUUUUACUCCUGUUCUAGUCACAGCACAAGAGCCCGUCACCCUGCUGGGCCAGAUUGGCUGUGACAGCAACGGGAAGCUGAACCACAAGUCGGUGAUUCUUGAGGGAGAUCGGGAACAUUCCUCAGGCGCUCAGAUUCCAGUGGAUCUGUCUGAGCUGAAAGAGUAUUCUCUGUUUCCCGGACAGGUUGUGGUUAUGGAAGGAAUCAACACCACUGGUAGAAAACUUGUUGCCACCAGACUCUACGAGGGCGUGCCACUUCCGUUCCACCAGCCCACUGAAGAGGAUGGAGAUUCUGAGCAAAUCAUGGUCCUGGUGGCCUGUGGGCCAUACACCACAUCUGACAGCAUCACGUUUGACCCCCUGCUCGACCUGAUCACCAUCAUCAACCGCGACCGGCCCGACGUCUGCAUCCUGUUUGGACCUUUCCUGGAUGCUAAGCAUGAACAGGUAGAGAGCUGUCUACUGACAAGCCCAUUUGAAGAAGUUUUCAAGCAAUGUCUGCGAACGAUUAUUGAAGGGACGCGAAGCUCCGGCUCACACCUCAUCUUCGUCCCAUCACUGAGAGACGUGCACCACGAGCCCGUGUACCCACAGCCGCCCUUCAGCUGCUCCGACCUGCUUCGGGAGGACAAAAAGCGAGUGCAGUUUGUGUCCGAGCCCUGCACGCUCUCCAUAAAUGGAAUGAUCUUUGGCUUGACAUCCACCGAUCUGCUGCUCCACAUGGGGGCUGAGGAGAUCAGUAGUUCUUCCGGAACCUCGGACAGGUUCAGCCGGGUACUCAAGCACAUCCUGACCCAGCGGAGCUACUACCCGCUCUACCCUCCCCAGGAGGACAUGGCCAUCGACUAUGAGAAUUUCUAUGCCUAUGCACAGCUGCCCGUCACCCCCGAUGUCUUCAUAGCCCCUUCAGAGCUGAGAUACUUUGUGAAGGACAUCCUUGGCUGCAUCUGUGUGAACCCCGGGCGCCUCACCAAAGGACAGGUGGGGGGCACCUUCGGCCGACUCUACCUCAGGAGGCAGCCUGCGGGCGCCGAGGGCAGGCGGAGCCCAUGUACUGCCGCCCAGGUGGUCAGGAUCUGAGGCUCGGUCCUCUGUCAUCCCCCGUCGUGCGGGCCUCCCAGACACCGAGAGCCCGGGAGUAGACGUCUGCCAAGAUCCCACCCGUGGAAGGAGAGGGGUCAGCCAGCGGGGGAGGACAGGGCUGCGGGCAUGGGGCCCAGCGGGAAGACCUACUCCGCGUCGAGCUUCUCUGGAAGAAAGCUAUUGAUUCUUCAUGGACACUAGGAGCCCAGCGAGAACUGGCCGUGGACGCAGUACGCUCAGGAAGGUCAAGGCUUUGCGAUUUCCUACUGAGACGGACAUAGAAACAACUUUGGGAGAUAUGAAAGUAAAUUCUGUCUUUUGAGUU